GGAGGGGUAAUGGAAGCUCCCCCAACCUGUGGGAGCUCCUGGUCCGGUGAUUGCUCGUAAUCGCCAGUCUUGAACUACAUACACCUCAUCUGACUUGUGUGACUCGACUCAAUGAUGAACUCCGCGAUGGCACAGAGCAGCUGACCAACACUUGAACUUCGCUUCAUUUCUCUGGCUUUUGCUGCAGCAUCCUUAUCCUUAAUCAUAUCAACCGUUUAACCGUGACAUCUUCGUCAUCGGCGCUUCACCUUGGAACCAUUCAACACUCCCUCUCACUUCCUCUGUCCCACAUACAGCUACAACUAGGUAUCGGCCGAGGCACUCCAAGAGUUCGGUGCCUACCAAGGCUGUGGUCACCUCCAACGACUUACCUUGCACUUCUCCCAAACAAAGGCCACCGCCGCCUUUUGAAUCCCCAAAGGACGGCGAACAAUAGUGACAACCUGCCAAGACACUGAAAAUCAACGGCAGCGACAUUCUCAUCAUGGAUCUCAGAUUUGCAACCUUCAUAUCGGAGAUUGAACUCCCAUUCUACUCGGCUCUUUUCUCCUCCAAGCUUGACCAUGACAAGCUCAAUGACUCUACCCGUCCGGUCCUGGGCUUGUACGAGCCGAGGGUACAUGCUGAUCCAGCUUCAAGCACGAAAAUGCAGAUCCUCGGUAAUUCACUAACCAGCAACCAUGUGCCAUUGGGGCUCUGUCGUGCCGAAGGCAUGAUCAAGAACGUGAAUACCCUCGAGGACUUCAAGAACACAGACAAGAAUGCCAUGCUUAAGAAUGCUGCCCAGCAGAUUUGGGAUGCCAUCAACGACGGAACCAUCUAUUCAAUCCCGUCGCUCCUCUCAUCCUUCACCAUCUUAUCCUUCGCCGACCUUAAGAAAUACCGGUUCACCUACUGGUUCGGCUUUCCUGCGCUGCACUCCGACCCCUUGUGGAAACGGACAGGCCCAGUCACACACUUGGAUUCACAAGAGAGCACAGCCUUGGUCGAGCGCUUGGGCACCUGGCGAUACAUGGUGGACAGCAGGGAGCAUGGCUUCUUCUUGGCCAAGAAAGUCCGUGGAGAAAACACUGGGUAUAAGUCGCCCUUGGAGGAUUCCACCAGUGACAUUGGCUAUAGAUGGGAAGUCGGCUCCCUGCGUGAUUUUGAGACUGGCUUCUUUGAAGGCACCGCCGAAGGGGACAGAUACGUUGCCUUUGUCGACUCCUCCAACUACGCUGAAUAUCCCUCAUGGCCACUCCGAAACUUGCUGGUCCUGGUCCGGCAGAGAUACCACCUGACAAAUGUCCAGAUCCUCUGCUACCGCGACGUCCAGCCGAGAAGACACGAAGCACGGAGUGUCAUACUUCCACUUGCUAUGGGCAACGUGGAUCAGAUUGAGACUACCGUGAUGCCCAAAGUGACGGGCUGGGAGCGGAAUCUAAAUGGUGAGCUCCGGGCGAGGGUUGCAAACCUGUCUGAGUAUAUGGACCCAGCUCGUUUGGCAGAUCAAGCCGUCGACCUCAACCUCAAGCUCAUGAAGUGGCGCAUCUCGCCAAACCUGGAUCUCGACGCCAUCAAAAACACAAAGUGCCUACUCCUUGGUGCUGGAACUCUUGGCAGCUACGUCUCAAGAAAUCUUAUGGGAUGGGGAGUGCGGAAGAUCACCUUUGUCGAUUAUGGCUCGGUUUCGUUUUCGAACCCGGUCAGGCAACCGCUUUUCGGGUUUCAGGACUGCCUCAACGGAGGGAAACCCAAGGCCCUCCGUGCAGCAGAAGCAUUGAAGGAGAUCUAUCCCGGUGUCGAGGCCGAGGGCCACGUCAUUACGGUUCCAAUGCUUGGCCAUCCAAUCACGGACAAGGCGAAGGCCAAGUCAGAUUUCAAGAAGCUGCAGCAGCUGGUUGAUAGCCACGAUGCUAUCUUCCUCCUCAUGGACUCGAGGGAGUCACGCUGGCUCCCCUCGGUGAUGGGCAAGGCAACCGGGAAGAUCGUCAUGAAUGCUGCACUUGGAUUCGAUACGUACGUUGUCAUGCGGCACGGCGCAGCCCCAGAUGACGGCACAGAGGAAACACUGGGAUGCUAUUUCUGCAAUGACGUGGUCGUGGCAGCAGACUCGAUGAAAGAUCAGACUCUUGAUCAGCAGUGCACCGUCACACGGCCCGGAGUUGCAGCAAUUGCCUCAGCCCUGCUCGUCGAACUUCUUGCCAGCAUCCUACAGCAUCCAAAGAAACAUCACGCGCCCGGUCCUGUGCCCCGUAAUGCCACCUCAUCUGCUACUCCCACGUACGAGUUCGACCCGCCAGACCAUGCUCUAGGCAUCGUGCCGCACCAGAUCCGCGGGUUCUUGAACACGUUUCAGAACAUGGUCAUCCACGGCAGGUCGUUCCCGCAAUGCAGCGCCUGCAGCACGCCCGUCGUGCAAGCCUACAAGGCCGGCGGCUGGGAGUUCGUCAGGAAGGCAUUGGAGGAACGAGAGUACGUUGCCGAGCUCUCCGGCCUUGCCGACGUGCAGAGGCGGGCCGAGGCAGCGGCCCAAGAUGUGGACUGGAGCGAUGAUGAAGGCGACGUCGAGGAGGAUGGAGAAGGCGUCAUGGUCUAGGAGACUGUGAUGCUGCAUGAGUGCAUCCCUCCCGAGUGACAGGCAUUUGAUGCCGGAGCCGUGACUACUUUCCCGGCAUGGCUUCUUUCGUCGUUGUUCCUCCUAUUCUUUUCAUGGCCUUUCAGGUGGUACUUAUCCCGCCGUCUGGUCCGUUCUUAUCCCGCCGUCUGGUCCGUUC